GGUGUUAAUAGGAAACCCAUAAUAGGAAUUUGAUGUUCCGUUUUCUGAUGAACUAUCAAUCAGAUUUCUUACUGAUACUUUUGGGUUUUCUCUGUUUCAUUUUUAAAAUUAUGUUUUAUUUUCGUUAAUGAUGUUUUUGGACUUUGGAGGAUGUAUAUCUUCAUUUUUAAAGUUUUCAUUUUUUCCCAAAUUCUUGCAAUGCAAACAUGUUAAAAAUUUGAUUUUGUCAAAUUGUAAAUAAAAAAAUGCUAAUAAUAAAUUCAGUAAAUAUUCAACAUGCUCGAAAACGGUGGUAGUGAGUGUAUUAGAUAGCUCACUAGCCCCAUCGGUGGGGUGGGGUGGGGGGGAGACGAAAAUAAAGAAGAAGAAGAAGAAAUGAAGGCUAAUUAAGCAUCAAUUAAUCGGUUUUUCUUUGUUUUAUGGUUAGGUGAUGAGUUGGUAUUGGAUACCAAUGAAGAUGAAGAAUUUGGGAGAGUGUUUUCUUUUCGUUUGCAGGGCAGACUUCUGGAGAAUGGCGGUUUGCUGGUCUAUAUGUCUUGUCCUUUCCUAUUUGAAGCUGUUGUUCCAAAUUCUGUUUGUCCCAGAAUCUAAGCGCUACCCACGUUGUCCCCCAGCAACAACAGCUGCUUGUGUUAGACCCGUUUGCAUCAUCACCGGUGCUACAUCUGGCUUAGGUGCUGCUGCUGCUUAUGCCCUUUCUAAGGAAGGCUUCUACAUUGUUCUUGUGGGACGGUCAUCAAAGUUGUUGUUGAAGACUAUGAGAGAAAUUAAGGAUAAGAAUGAGCAUGCCCAUCUCAAAGCUUUUCAGGUUGACGUGUCUUCCUUCCAAUCGAUUUUGAAGUUUAAAGUAGACCUUGAGCGGUGGUUUCUGGAUUCAAAUAUGCAUUCUUCUGUCCAACUUUUGAUUAACAAUGCUGGGAUUUUGGCAACGUCUCCAAGACUUACAGCUGAAGGCUAUGAUGAGAUGAUGGGCACAAAUUACAUUGGACCAUUUUGUCUGACAAAACUUCUAUUACCACUUCUGGAAAAUAGCCCUGUUCCUUCACGGAUAGUGAAUAUUACAUCCUUCACACAUCGAAGUGUACUUAACAUGCAGGUUAACGAGGAUAUUGUUUCUGGCAAGUCCUUCUUGAGAUCAAAACAUUAUCCCUUUGGUCGUAUUUAUGAGUAUUCCAAAUUAUGCCUACUGCUGUUCUCCUAUGAGCUUCAUCGAAAACUUGGCUUGUUGGAUGAAUCCCGUCAUGUCUCCACUAUUGCGGUGGAUCCAGGAGCAGUCAAUACCAACAUCAUGCGUGAAGUGCCCUCCUUUGUUUCGCAAAUGGCACUUACAGUCCUAAAGCUUCUGGGACUUUUGCAGUCGCCUGAGAACGGUGUCAAUUCAAUACUUGAUGCAGCCCUUGCCCCAGCAGAAACAUCUGGAGUAUACUUCUUUGGUGGAAAGGGUAGAAUUAUAAACUCUUCUGCACUCUCAUACAAUGCAACACUUGCACAACAACUUUGGUCGGUUUCGUCUAAUCUUUUUUCACCGUCACAGCUUGCUGCUGUUAACCAAAGUGAGGGAUAAUUGUAGGCGAUUUUACUUAUCAACUGGUUUUGUGGUUAAUGGCAGAAGAGGGAAAAGAUUCCAGGCGAAAAAGGGAAAUCUCAAACUCAGCCGUUUGUAGAAGAUAUAUGUUUGUUCAUGGCUGCUAUGCUCAAGAAAUUUUCUAGCCAGUUAAUUUAGUUGACACGUUCUAGGUUAUAUUUUGAUAAUAUCAAGUUGCUCAUGUUACGUGUUAAGUUUACUACCCAACAAAAUCCUAUCUUCUUCUUCUUCUUUUUAUGCAGAUACAGUUGCAAGGAAUCAAUAAAAGAUACCCUUUUACAA